GCGAAAAUGGCGCAUUGUGCGUUGUUAGACCCGCCCUCCGUGAGUAAGGGCCGUCGUGGUUGUUUACGCGCGUUCGGAAUUAACCGUAUUCUACUUCCUGCCUGGCGUGACUAUGCGCCGCUCCGUCGUUUCCGGGUCAGAUGGUUCCCGGCGUUUGGGCCUCUGAGCUACCGGUUUUGAGAAGCCUCCCGAGAACGGCCGGCUUGGGCCGAUGUUGAGGCGACGCCACCGGGCGGGAGGUGAAGGGGCGGCCGGGGGCGAAAACGGCCGCCGCGGAGCGUAGGGAAGGGCCAGGCGGCCGAUGCUGGGCUGGCGCUCGCCAUGGACAAGAUCCUGGAGGGACUGGUGAGCUCGUCGCACCCGCUGCCGUUGAAGCGCGUGAUCGUGAGGCGGGUGGUGGAGUCGGCAGAGACGCCGCUGAGCGGGCCGCAGUGCCGGGCCAUAUUCGCGCUCAGCACCCGCCUCAUCCUGCAGGGCUCCGACCCGUUCCAGCGCCAGGUCGGGCGGCAGGUGCUCGAGGCCUACGCUCGCCACCACCGCGACGACUUCGAGGCCUUCUUCACGCGCGAGCUGGUGCUGGCUUUGCUUCAGGGGGAAAGCCCGUCGCCGCCACUGCUGCUCUCGCCAGCCACGGUCCCUGGCCUGGUGUCUAGCCUGGACCCGGCCGUGCUGGACUACAUCCAGGUCUGCCUUCGCCUGCUCAUUAGCUGCCCGGCGGUGCUGGAGCUCUUCGCGCUGCUGCAGGGGGAAGCCUUGCGGCUGGUGGGGGAGAGACCGCCGGCUCCGCUCUGCGCCCGCCUCUGCCAGCUCCUCGGCGACUUCCCUCAGUGUCUGCCCCGCGGCAGGAAGCCUGCCCUCGCCUUCUGCCAGCAGCUGGUGCGCAGCAUUGCCCACUUCCAGACCCAAGGCACCCGCGAGGCCGAGCUGCGCCUCUAUGUCUCUCAGGUCACCCAGGUCAGCAGCCUCCUGCGCAGCAUCUGGAAGGCGGAACCCGACACGCUGCUGCCCUCCUUGCAAGAACUUUUCGCCAUCAUCUCCUCCACUGAUACUUCAUUUGAGCCCUCAGUUGCUCUGGCAAGUCUUGUGCAGCAUAUCCCACUACAGAUGAUAACAGUGCUGAUCGGAAGCCUUACCACAGACCCAAAUGUAAAAGAUGCAAGUAUGACACAAGCUUUGUGCAGAAUGAUUGACUGGCUGUCCUGGCCAUUAGCUCAGCAUGUGGAGACUUGGGUGAUAGCACUGCUGAAAGGACUGGCUGCAGUCCAGAAGUUUACUAUCCUUAUUGAUGUUACCUUGCUUAAGAUUGAACUGGUUUUUAAUCGCCUUUGGUAUCCCCUUGUGAGACCUGGUGCUUUGGCUGUCCUUUCUCACAUGUUGCUUAGUUUUCAGCAUUCUCCAGAGGCUUUUCAUUUGGUGGUUCCACAUGUGGUCAAGUUAGUAAAAUCCUUCAAAAGCAAUGGCCUGCCCUCCAGUGCAACAUUCUUGGGACAGCUGAGUGAGCUAAUACACUGUAUGAUGUACCAUUACUCUGGAUUCCCAGAACUCUAUGAACCUAUUCUGGAAGCUGUCAAGGAGCUUCCCAAACCCAAUGAAGAAAAAAUUAAGAUGAUACUGAAUCAGAGUGCCUGGACAUCUCAAUCCAGUUCCUUGCAAUCUUGUUUAUCUAGAUUUUCUGGAAAAUCUGAAACUGGAAAGACCGGUCUGAUUAAUUUAGGAAAUACAUGUUAUAUGAAUAGUGUGAUCCAGGCAUUAUUCAUGGCUACAGACUUCAGAAGACAUGUAUUAUCUUUAAACCUAAAUGGAUGCAAUUCAUUAAUGAGAAAGUUGCAACAUCUCUUUGCAUUUUUGGCUCAUACACAGAGGGAAGCAUAUGCUCCUCGCAUUUUCUUUGAGGCUUCCAGGCCACCCUGGUUUACUCCUAGAUCCCAGCAGGACUGCUCCGAAUAUCUCAGAUUCCUGCUAGACAGGUUGCACGAGGAAGAGAUGACACUGAAAGCUCUAGCUUCAUCAAAACUUCCAGAAGAUAUGAAUGAAGAGUCGCUGGCUCAGGAGGUGUCUUGCAAGACGCAGCUGUUUACCAAACCAUCUUGCACUGCAAGAGAAGAAAGAACCUUGAUAGAGAGAAUGUUUCGAGGGAAACUACAAACAAGCAUAUGCUGUUUAAACUGCAAAAGCACUUCCUAUAAAGAAGAAGCCUUCACCGAUCUCUCACUUGCUUUCUGUCCUCCCAUAUUCUUAGAAAAUCUUGAUCCACCAAGUGCAGAUAAUCUGACUGAAGACAAAGAUGACUGCAUGGAACAAAUUGGUACUAGGGCAAUAAGUCCGGUGGCAGAAACAGCACCUGAUAGUCUAGUAGUCAGUGACUGCUGUGAAAUGGUCACAAACAAUGGACCAUUAAAGGACCUCUCCAUUGACUCAAACUGUGAAAAUGCUACAGACCCCUUUUUGUGCAAGGCUGAGGACAAGGAUAGUUUGCGAAAACACGUUAGUGAAGUUACUCCCUCGGUCAUUGACUUGCUGAAUUAUUUCCUGGCGCCUGAAGUCCUAAAGGGUGAUAAUAAAUAUUAUUGUGAAAAAUGUGCCUCUCUACAGAAUGCAGAAAAAACUAUGCAGAUUGUGGAGGAGCCAGAAUACCUCAUUCUCACUCUAUUAAGAUUUUCAUAUGACCCCAAGUGUCAUAUUAGGCGCAAAAUUUUAGACAAUGUAUCUUUGCCGCUAGUUCUGGAAUUGCCUGUCAAAAGAACUGUAUCACCCUUAAGUCCAGUUUCGGGCAUGUGGUCUAUGGGUGUUGAGUUUUCUGACACUGGUGAGAAUCUAGCUAAAAAACUCAAGCCUUCUGGUGCUGAAGAAGUGUGUUGUCCUCAACUAGUCUCCUAUGUGUUAAGUUCUGUGGUUGUGCAUUCUGGCAUAUCUUCUGAAAGUGGACACUAUUAUUCUUAUGCCCGAAAUGUUGCCACUUCAGGCCCUUCACUAGAAACGUGUGAUCAAGCCAAAAGUCUGGCUUUAGCUUAUCCACAAAGCAAUUUGAUGGCUGGAGAGGCUCCUAUUGCAGCUGUCGAAAAGGACCUGGAUGAAAAUGAGGUGUCAAAAGAAUGGUUUUUGUUUAAUGACAGCAGAGUGACAUUUACCUCAUUUCAGUCAGUCCAGAAAAUUACAAGCAGGUUCCCCAAGGACACUGCUUAUGUAUUGUUUUACAAAAAACAGAACAAUGCUGGUGCUCUCAGCACUAAAUCAGCCAGUGGGCUCUGGAUCAAUGGAGAUCCACCUCUGCAGAAAGAUCUUAUGGAUGCUAUUACAAAAGACAAUAAGCUAUACUUGCAGGAGCAAGAGCUUAGUGCUCGAACACAGGCCCUGCAAGCAGCUGCAGCUUCAUGUUCUUUUCGGCCAAAUGGAUUUGAUGACAAUGAUCCCCCAGGAAGCUGCGGGCCGACCGGUGGAGGUGGAGGGGGAGGAUUUAGUACUAUUGGCAGACUAGUGUUUUGAGGAGGAGGAGAGCGUCAGUUGCAUUGGUUCCUACUGCUUAGGACUGUUAAAACACUGAACUGUAUUAAAUAAUGUACCAAGCUUUUUUCAAGAUGUGAUCUUUGUUCUAAAGAGAAGUUUAUUUGAAAUAAAUAAGUGCAUCAUGGAGAAUCUA